AUGCCUUUCUUUGAUGUGCAGAAAAGGCUGGGCGUGGACUUAGAUCAGUGGAUGACAAUCCAGAGUGCUGAGCAGCCUCACAAGAUUCCAGCUGGAUGCCAUGCUUUUGAAAAAGAUCGGAUAGAAUGUGCGCAUGGAAUCGGUGCUACCCCAGCGGCGACAGAGUGUAAGAUAGAAUCGGGUGAUCUCACAGAAUGUCUGCUUCGGCAGAAAACGGUGAGACGUCCGAGUGACAUCAGAAGGCAGCGGAGUAAACUAAUAAAGGAAGGGAAGUGCACACCUCCACCUCACCACUUGGGCAAGGAGGACGCUAGGUCCUGAGCAGAGCUGCUGCUGAUGGCUGGAGGCUGAUUUUCAUGUUCUCUCUUCUCCACUGGAAAG